AUGUUUAUUGGCGUUGUCCCCCAUUCUGGGCUGUAUGGCUCACCAUUUUCUCGAACACCACAGGGCAAGGUCGCGGAGUUGCGCAUGGAGCUCAACAGCGGAGGGAAAAAGGACAAGAACCACUCGGCAAAGAAGAUUGCGCUGAAAAAGAUCGUCGCCAAUAUGACGAUGAGCAAUAAUGAUAUGGUCGGUCUGUUUCCGGAUAUCAUCGCCUGCAUGACUAUUCCAAGUCUGGAGAUCAAGAAAAUGUGCUUUCUCUUUUUGGUCAACUACGCGCGAGCGAAGCCGGAAAUCGCGCUCAAGUCUUUACCGAUCCUAGUGGAUGAUAUGGAUGACCACAACCCCCUAGUGCGCGCCCUCGCUCUUCGAACUAUAUCAUACAUCCAUGUCCGAGAGUUUGUCGAGGCAACAGUCGACCCGGCUAAGCGCUUAAUGGUUGACAUUGAUCCAUAUGUGCGAAAAACGGCCGCGUUCUGUGUAGCGAAGCUCUAUGAUCACCACAAGAAGAUGGUUGAAGGCUCAGAUCUUAUUGAACGUUUGAACAAGAUGCUGAAAGACGAAAACCCCACCGUUGUUUCCAGUGUCUUGGCGUCUCUGGUUGACAUUUGGGAGCGCAGCGAAUCUAUAUCAUUAACGAUAGAUUACGCGAGUGCCUCGAAAGUGGUAUCAGUCUUGGCCGAUUGUUCAGAAUGGGGCCAGACUUAUAUUCUAGAAUCUCUGAUGGCAUACGUGCCAAGGGACUCUGGCGAAGCUUUACUUUUGGCGGAACGAAUCGCGCCUCGUUUAUCUCACUCUAAUUCUGCAGUGGUGCUGACCUCGAUCCGAGUCAUCCUUUAUCUCAUAAACUAUAUCAGCGACGAAAAACAAGUAACAAGCUUGUCGAAAAAGCUAUCACCGCCUCUUGUUACCCUUUUAUCAAAACCUCCCGAGGUGCAAUAUCUGGCACUGCGAAAUGCAAUCUUGAUUUUACAAAAACGACCCGACGUACUUCGGAAUGAUAUCCGCGUCUUUUUCUGCAAAUACAAUGAUCCGAUAUAUGUCAAAGUGACGAAACUGGAACUUAUCUUUAUGCUUGCAACCAAAGAUAAUAUCGGUGUGGUGCUUGCAGAGCUGCGAGAAUAUGCGACGGAGAUUGAUGUCCACUUUGUCCGCAAAGCCGUUCGAGCUAUCGGAAAACUAGCCAUCAAAAUUGAGUCUGCUGCGCGAGAAUGCAUCGACACUCUUUUGGAGCUUGUCAAUGCAAAGAUCCCUUAUAUUGUCCAGGAAGCUACUGUCGUGAUUCGCAAUAUCUUCCGUAAAUAUCCCAACCAGUACGAAGGAAUCAUCGGCGCUGUCAUUCAAAACAUAGACGAGCUUGAUGAACCCGAGGCAAAGGCCGCCAUCAUUUGGAUUAUUGGACAGUAUGCCGACCGGAUCGAUAACUCGGAUGGCUUACUACAAGACUACCUGGCGACUUUCCACGACGAGUCCAUCGAAGUCCAACUUGCGUUGCUCACAGCUACAGUGAAACUCUUCAUUCAACGCCCGACCAAGGGUCAGCAGCUGGUACCGCAGGUUCUCAAAUGGUGCACAGAAGACACUGAUGACCCGGAUCUUCGCGAUCGAGGGUACAUGUACUGGCGUCUCUUGUCAACAGACCCGGCUUCCGCCAAGGAUAUUGUUAUGGGCGAAAAGCCACCGAUUACAGCGGAGAGCGAAAAACUAGAGCCAAAGACACUCGAAGAAUUAUGCUUAAACGUUGGAACCCUGGCUACAGUCUACCUCAAACCAGUUCAACAAGUCUUCCGAUCAGCGCGACCCAAACGCCUCAUAGAAAGCCCUGCGCUAGUCAAACGCCAACGUGGCGAUGGCGAAAACGGCGUGUUUGCCAUUACUGCUCCUCCUGUAGCCCCCGUCGCCCCAACCCCUGUAUCGCCUUCCGGUAAUUCUCCUAACAAUGGUGAUCUCGCUUCUGCUGUCAACGCGGCAGACGCCUACUUCAACAACAUCGCUCCACAACAAAUGGCUAACCUCGACCUCGGUGGCCGACAAGAUAGCAGCCUAGGCGGACUGGGCGGAACGGGCCAGACGUCUCAAUAUGUCGUCAACCAGAACCAGCAGCAGAUAUAUCAGCCUCAAACUACUAGCGGCGCGGCUAAUGGAGAUAUGGUCGUGGCAAGUGGAGAGUUGCUCUUGCUCUAG